AUGCCACGAGCAAAAGGAAAAGGAGGAAAGAGAGGAGGCCGAAGAGGUGGGAUGAGCUCCGAAGGGCGUGAAUUAGAAUUUAAAGAAGUGGGACAAGUGUAUGCACAAGUCACUAGGAUCUUAGGGAAUCGACGUAUCGAAGCUUACUGUUUUGAUGGGAAACAACGGUUGUGCCAUAUUAGAGGACAAAUGCAACGCAAGGUGUGGAUAUCAGUAGGAGAUGUUGUGUUAGUAUCGUUGAGAGAAUAUGAGGAGGAUAAAGCGGAUGUCAUCAAAAAGUAUAAUGCGGACGAGGUCAUCCAAUUGAAGAAAUAUAAAGAACUCCCCGAGAGACUGCAGACAGAAGAGGUUGGCCAAAAGAAAGAUGUAAAUAUCCGUUUUGGUGUUGGAGACAAAGUCUCUGACGAUAGUGAUGCGGGCGAUUUUGAUGAUGAAGAAAAGGAGGACGACGAUGAAGACAGUCAAGACGAUUUGCCACCACCACAAAACCGAGUAUAUACCCUUGAUGAUCUUUAA